UGACUGAUGGAAGUGAAUUGAGCAAUUAUCUAGUUUACCUUCUCCUCUUGGAAGGUAACGAUUGGCGAGAUCUUUGCUGCGUUAUUGACACAACACGUUUUAUUGAGCAGUCCUGCUAGAAAUAAGUGUUGAUUGUCCGGAGUCAACGCAACGCUAAGUGAACUGUGAUGCGCUGGCAUCGGCCCAGGCUUCCCCGCAGAUGAUGUCCUUUCUUGCAGGUCACUGAAAAAGAGAAGCGGAGUCCUAAAAACCCCAAGCAGAGACAAGCCAGCCUAUAGAAGCGGAAUUUAAGAAAUGGACAGUGCCCUCUACAAUACGGAAUCGACUAUCUUUGAGACAUCGACGUUGAGGGACAGCUUGGCAGCAGCAGAUGACAAUAUGAUCAGCACUUCCAAACCGCUCGCCUUCUCGAUCGAAAGGAUAAUGGCGAGGACCCCGGAACCAAAGUCCAUUCCUCUUCCGAAUUUAUUUCAAGCGACCGUCAACAAGGCCGACGCCAAGCAUGCUGUGCAUGUCAGCUCCGCGGCGCUUCCUUGCGUGCUACCCUUCGUGCCACUGGCAUACGACGCCGGCCACAAACUCAACCUGUCCGUGUCGGAACCGAGGAAAGUCCAUUUAGACAACGCGCCUCACCACGCCAGCGACUUGCUAAGCAUCGGCUUCAACUACAAAGGUGAAGUAGCUAACGGGAGCCCUCAGAUUGGGCAGUAUAAGCUUUUCCGACCGCGGGUAGUCAACCAGGCUUCAUUUCACGCCAUGGGAACUUUGUGCUACCUGAACUGCGGAGACAACCCCUGCUCGCCUCCGGCAAGUAUUCUCAACCUUCACCCGAUGGCUUCGUACCUCCUGAACUCGCCGCUCAACCCGCACCAGAAGGCUUUUUUAUCGGAAAAAAACAAACUGCUCGUUCCCUCGGUGGAACGCUAUUCGUCUGGACUUUCCUUCAAAGACAUGUCCCAGUCUCAGCUGCAACACUACAUGAAGGAGAGCGCGCAGAUACUCUCGGAAAAUUUGUUUAAGAACUCCUCGAAACUUAGCAGCGGCUCGCCCAACAGCAAGCCCAAAGUUUUCACCUGCGAAGUUUGCGGCAAGGUAUUCAACGCGCAUUACAAUUUAACCCGUCAUAUGCCAGUGCACACAGGAGCCAGACCGUUCGUUUGCAAAGUGUGUGGGAAAGGCUUUCGACAGGCCAGCACACUGUGCCGUCAUAAGAUCAUACAUACGCAGGAAAAACCGCAUAAGUGUAGCCAGUGUGGAAAAGCGUUCAACCGGAGCUCGACGCUAAAUACACACACACGAAUCCACGCUGGAUACAAGCCCUUUGUGUGUGAAUUCUGCGGGAAAGGCUUUCACCAAAAAGGCAACUACAAAAACCACAAGCUGACCCACAGCGGAGAAAAACAGUUCAAGUGCAAUAUCUGUAACAAGGCUUUCCAUCAGAUCUACAACCUGACCUUCCAUAUGCACACCCACAACGACAAGAAGCCGUUCACCUGUCCCACUUGCGGCAAAGGCUUCUGCAGGAACUUUGAUUUAAAGAAACACGUCCGGAAACUUCAUGAUGGCUCUCCACUGGCACAGCCCGUGCCAACGGACUCUUCCAAGGGAAAUCUGCAUUAGAUCCACAUCCGUUCGCCAGGACCCUGAUGGCCCGUUUCUCCUGCAUGCAACUUUUUGUGCAGUUACGCUGUAUAGUGGACUAUAGACUCCUAACCCGAACACGUAAGAACCCCUUUUUGUGAAAGAGCGAAUCCUUCUUUCCAUCUCAGGGUAAAGGAUGUGAGAAGCCGUGUUGUAUUUAUUCCAAACUCUUUGUAUCUUUACGGAAUGCUGCGACAUUUAGGAAUAAUAUAAUGUAAAAUUAUAUUCACCGUUGUGCUGACUUUGUUAUGUUCAAAUGCCUGACUAUUAAUUAUUAUUAUAAUUAUUAA